CCUUUUCCAAAAACUCGAGAUAAUGACAAUUUAUCAUGAUCCCUGUGGGAAUUUUCCACUCCUUUAACUCCUCCUCCUGCUCAAUCAGCCACAAACCUGAAACUCAUUCGGCUCCACACCUGAAGCUCAUUGCUACCCUCUAUUUAAGCCUGUCAGUUCCUCUGCCCCAUUGCCAGAUUUUAGCUAGUGCUCCUGCCUCCUCUGCAUCCUGCAUUUGAUGACUUGUUGGAUUUUUGACCUUUGCCUGCUACCUGUUAUUGACCUGCCUGAUGUUUCUGUACCUUUGCCUGGAACUUUGCUUUUUGUCUUAAGUAAAGCCUUUUUGCCUAACUCCUGCCUCUGCCUACCUUCUGUGUUUGGGUCCGCCCUGAUCCGUGACACAAUUUUUCAGAGCAAUAUAUACCAAAUAUGCAUUUUUUUUGCAACGUUUCCAAAUUCUAUUCCUAAACCUUGUUAGAAUAAUUUGAAUAUUAUACUUGUUGAAAAUGAAAUGUUACUGUCUUCCUCUCUUUUUCCUCUUUGUGAUUUUUCUCCCAACAGUCAUCACAGGUCACUAUGCAUGCGUAAUUCACUAAACCUUGAUAAUGUCUAUCUCUAUGCAUUAAUAUUAAUCAGGUAAUAUGAUUUUGAUACAUUGAUUGUGUUUGUGUGUUAAUAUUGAUGUAGAAAACUAUGAUUACUUUAAUUACAUAUAUUCCAUUUGCUUAAACUAAUUAAGAUUCUAUAAUCACAAAAAAUAGUAUUGUCUGUCUUAUAUUUUUUAACCUUUAAAAGAACAUGUAGAUAUUGAAGAAUAGUUGGCUCUUGUUAUAUUUCUGUAGGUCAUAACAAGGCAGUAUGUUCGUCAUAACAAGUUUGUUAGCAGGCCACAAGGCCUUGUCCUGGGCUGCAGUGAUUGUUAUGCCCAGGUGGCCUGAUGUGUGACGGUAUGAAAGAAGACUGGCGAAUCAGCGAUCAAGAGGGCGGGACUUCCUGGAGAAAAUCGACCAGCAGUUUUGUAAACAAUUGUAAGGUUAUUUUAAUGGGUUCCAGGGAGAGAGUCGUGGUUCAGACUUCACUGAAACACGUCUGUUUGUAUUCAGGGACAUGAGUUUUGAGCCCGGAGAUUCUCUGAAUAUUUCCAUGUCAACUCACAAUUUACAUAAGUACAAUACUAGACAACUGACAAGAUUUCACCCUCCUCACUAUCGUGUUACCCUUGGUGGCUGCUCUGAUGGCUCAGGUCACUAAGUAGCACACACACUCAUACACAGGCUCGCAAGCAUACGCAUUCCUACACUUUGUUUUAUUUUACUUUUAAUAUAAUUUUGCUUCAUUUUUAUGUGUAACUAUUUUCUUUUUCUAUUUCAUAGUUACUUGUUUUUAAUGUAACUUGUAAAUUUGAAUAUAGGUAGGCCCUGUAUACGCCCUUUUGGGUUUCUUGCUGUUAACUUGCACCUUCCUUUUGUUAUUUCUUUAUCCUUUUCUUUUUGUCUUAUUAUUGUGCAAAAUAAAAAAAACGUCAAACUUAGCUACAGACAUAGCUCUUAAAACCAAAACUCUUUCAACAUCAUAACUAUGCACCAGACUUUGUAUUAUUAUUCUAUUUGCAUGCACAUGGACAACUUGUAUGCUUAAAUCUGCAAGAGAAUGUAUGACUCUAUUGCUGACAUAUAAAAGAUAGACAAUAACAUAGACCCACAUAAUAUAUCCUUGUAGCCUGAUUCAUCAGUAAAUAUCCUCAUCAAUGUAUCUGUUGUUUUCGGCUUACCUUUCUCCUGUUAAGUGUCUUCAACAGCAGCAUUUUAUCUCUCUGAGAGAGUGUGGAGACAGUGUUGUUUGGCAACAAGGAAGUUCCGGCUCACCGGAUUUACAGGUUAAUAACAGCUCUCCCUCUCACAUAAAAAACACAACUUCAGCAUGGUGCUGCUCAGGAUGUGAUGCACUAUGCCAUCCUGGGAAAGGCGAGAAUGUCAGAGAAAAACUGUAUGUGCAUGUGCUGUUACUUCUCUUGUUCUUCUGGUGGGACUGCUGCUGUUUGUUGUCAUAUAUCUGACGCUCAGCUGGCAGGAUAUCAGUGAAGAGGAUCUGACUCCUGACCUGAAUGAUGACUGCAGAGCCAAAGCUUCAGUUGUGACUGAUAAAGCUAUAGUGCAGAAAUGGGACACCAGCAUGAACUUCAGUCAAGCCUGGAGCAACGCAGAGCAAAAAGCCAGAGAGCCUGCACACAAGUAUAUAGAGAAACAUCAUUCUGCAGCCAUAUACAUGUACACAGAGAUUAUGCUGCCACUUGCCAAGAAAAGCCUUGAAAAUGCAGACAGAAGUGGAAAGCGACUUAAAGAGACAUUUGAGCAUCGUUCCCUUUAUCGUUCCCUAAGUGAAGCCAUUCAGAUUCUGAAACACAGCCAGGUGACGUGUCAUAGUACACAUUACAGAACAGAGACAUUUUUACAUCUGAGCACCACUAUCAAUCUGAUUCGAUUCAGCACCUUUAUAUUAGGCUCUGACGGGUGGAACUUUACAAGAAAUGCUUCAUGUUUUGAAGUAUACACAUGUUUCGGUGCUGACAUAACACAUUACUCAGCGUUAAAACUAAACAGCCAGGUGCUGAUUCCUCCCUAUGAGGUUUUCAAAGUCACAGACACAGAGACACAUUCACAGAGGUGUAAAGUUGUCUACAGACUGAAGAGCAACCUGAACUGUGUUUAUGAUAGAGAGAGCAAUAUGUUGCAUCCAAUAUCUGCAUUGCCAAUGGUUGGAUUUUGGCUUAUUUUUGUCAUCGUAUGUAUGAUUAUUGUAGCUCUUUUGCUCCCCUUUGUCAUUGUGAAGGUGUUAGAAAACCAUAAGAAAACAGAUGUUUACCGUGCCAGCCCUCACUACCCUGCUGUCAUUUAAAGGGCAAGCUCAUUUAAGAAGAUUUACAGUUUGCAGCAGUAAAACUCUGGCCCAGAGCAGGCUUUCCAAAUUUGAAUUAUUCAUCCACAAAUUCCAUACUUGCAGUGUAUACAUUAAAGAUUUUUUUUCCAUAACAUCAUGAUGCAAUAUUUACAAAUGGUGUUGGUCCACAUGCCAGACUUAAAUCCCAUGCUGUAAUAAAGUGCUCUGUUCAUUCAUAACAUUCAUCUAUACAUAACAACUCACCUAGUAACAAUGUUAGGUGUGAUCUGAGGAAUACAAUGGCCCUAAAAAAGGAACAAAAAUAAAUAAUUUUCACUGUUAUCAUAAUGGAACAUAAUUCAUAUGUAGUAUGGGAAUGGAAUGGGGGAAACAGGUAAUUAAGGAGUAUAAAAAAAGUCAAAACAUACCUGCCUAAACAGCAAUACAUAAUAAUCUUAGUUUUAAUUGAUACAUUUUGUCAAAAUUUUGGUGGUUCAUUAAACAUGAUCUUACAAGUAAGAUGUCACAACCACAAUGUUAAUUAAAUUGGCAAAUUAGACCAGCGAAUGAAAACCAAUUCUGAAGAAUGACCUUGAGGAAUAUGGAUGGCAUGUAUGGAACUGUCACUGUCUAAAUAUCAGAAAACGUUUUGAAAACAUGUCAACAUGUUAUCAUCCCAUUCAUUCAUAUUCAUUUACAGUCACAAGCAUUAAUCAGUGUGAUGAUCCUAAGUCAAAAUGAGGUGUUUCUAAAAUCUGUUAGUUUGGAUUCACUUGUAUUUAUACUGGCAGUGUAGACUUUGAACUAGAGCUGUUAAUGGCUUAAAUAUUUAGUUCAAUAGUUUAUUGCAAAUGUAUCACACAUUUUUUUUUAUUACCUUUAAAGCAGAGAUUUCAUGUACUUAAAGUGACAGGUACUAAAAUUGAAUGUUUCAGACAGAGGGUGAAUAAAGGUAUCAGACAGAAAAAAUAAUGUGUGAGUGUAAACAUGCCAAAAUAAGAGUAUAAACCUGAAAAUGAGCAUAAUUAUGUUAUUAAAUGUCUUUAACCAGUUCUUUCCAGUUACCCUACGACUUCAGGCAAAGGCUCAUCAUGGCACUACCUGUGUUAAAACAAUUAGUGACAAAUGCAUCGACCCCUUA